GUGUGUGGCGUCCCUCCCACCCCUGCAACAGAGGGAUUUAAAACAAUAUGUUAUCAGCUGCCCUCAAAGGAAAUUCCACAUCAUCACGUUGUCUUCCUAACAAAAACACCUCUGAAGGACCUGGAGCUCCAGUGCUGGCUACGAACCUGCUGAGUGGAGGAGAUGCAGCUGGUGCAGAGGCUUCCCAGGUGUGUGGAUUGCUGCGGGGCAAAGGGGCCAUGAACAGGCACCUGCAGAGCAGAGCGCAGUUAAAGAGAUUGUCUCUCGACAGCAGCCUGCCGGAAUACAUGGAUGCGAACAGAUGCAUCGACGAGCUCCUCAAACGGCUUGAGGACGAGCGGCGAAACGUCCGAAGAGAGAAGUUGGCUGUGGCUCGUCUGCAGAGGGAAGUCGCACGGAGCAAGAGCGAAGGAACAAUGCGAGAAAAGCUGAUCCACGAGCUAGAGGAAGAGCGACGCCUGCGACUGGAGAGCGAGAAGCGUCUCCGGGAAGUGACGGAGGAGUCCGAGCUGGGACGCGCACAGAUGGUUUCACUGCAGCAACAAUUCUCCAGGAUGGAAGAGACGGUGCGGUCGCUGCUGCAGAAUCAGGGCGUCCUGGAGCAGACUGCUGUGGACACCGUGGACAUCAUGAAGGCCUAUAAGGAUAAACUCUCAGAGGAAGUGGUGCAGAAACAGCACAGUGGCCCCGAGGAGAACGGCUCCCCGCCGGCAACUCAAGCGGACCUGGACUCCGGGCCUCGGCCUAAUGCUGAUCCUGAUGCCAGCCAGACAGAAGAGGACAAAGACAGUACCGAGCUCUUUCUGGACCGACUCAAGGCCUUGGAGGAGCAGAACUCCGCGUUGGCCUUGGAGAACGAGAACCAGAGGGAGCAGUACGAACGCUGUCUCGACGAGGUGGCCAAUCAGGUCGUGCAAGCUCUGCUCACCCAGAAGGAUCUGCGGGAGGAGUGUCUGAAGCUGCGGACCAGAGUUUUCGACCUGGAGCAGCAGAACCGGGCGCUGAGUGUUUUGUUCCAGCAGAGGAUCAAGCCCGCGUCAGACCUGCUUCUCCAGAAGCUCCACUCUCGAAUCAUGGAUCUGUCUGCCGUAGAUUUGCUUCUGGAGCCAGAGCGGAGCAAGGCCUUCUUACUUUCCAGGAACACGGACUCCUCUUCCUUAAAUGAGGUUCACUCGAAUGGAAAGGCAGGUCUUCCUGUGGCUAAGUGUCUGAGCCAGCUGAGUCUGACCGUGUCAGCGCCGGCGUACCCUCGCAGCAGUUGUAGCAGCAGCGAGUUGUCCCUGUCCAGUGCAUGCAGUGAAUUCUCCAGCGGCUCAUACACCUGGAAUGAUGGACGGUCUUGUGGAAAAAUGUCAUCUCUGACCUGGGAGAGGAGGAUGAGUUUGGGUUCAUCGGCGCCGAGCAACAUCUGUGCCCCGCUGGAGGAGCAGCUGCCCACGAGGCGCAAGGAGAGCCACAUACUAGAGGGACUGAGAAAGCUGCAGAGGUGGAGACACAGGAGGUCUUCCUCUUCAUCCAAGGUCUCCAAGUCUGGUGACAAAGACUGCAUGAACUCCAACGAGGGCAUCUACUCCUUGGGUAUCAAGAGUGGCAGCAAGGGGGUGUCCAAGCCUACACAUGUGGGCAGAACUGUCGGGGGCAAGAAGUUCUCUUAUGAUUCUGAUGAUGCAGAUGACGAACUGGCACACUCCAGUCGUGGAGACAACGCCCCCACCAAGGACAGCUGGUUUAACUGUCAGAGGCGCUCGCAGAGCAUCUCAGAGAGUUUAUGUAGCUGGGAGGGGAUUCAGGACAGCGGUGGUGGAGGCGAUGUCAGCUCGGGUUCUGUGGUUACAAAACAGCCGUGUGGCUACGACUCAAAAGAGCGUCCUGAGAAACUCAUGAGCUUCAUAAACAGUUUUCUCCCCGAGGGACCGCGGACAUCAGCUUUUACUAGACCGUCCUUGCUUCACUUUAACCCCUCCGACCCAGAUGGUCCGAACCGGGUCUCUGAUGUGGAUGAUGCUGAGGAAUUCAACUCUGAGUCCAGUGACAUCCAAAUGUCCUUCAGCCAACCAUUAAAGCAAGCAGAAAGGGACUCCACGAGGCUGUCACGAGAUGCUGCCAAGCUGCUUGCACAACAGUGCUUGCGGCGAGACCAGGGGCGCACCCAGUCUGCAGAUGGGAGGCCUAGGCCUUUUAGUCUCAUUAAGGAACACAAAGGUGCCAAAUGUACUCAGUCUGAAGAAAGUAUUUCGGCAAUAUUUGAUGCAGAUGGUGAGCCCAUUGAACUUUGUGCUCAGAAACUUGGAGCUGGCACAGUGUCUCAAGAUAGCAAAGUAGGUGUUGAUUACGCUGAGCUAGUGCCCCGGGAAAGGCCAACAAGGCAAGUGACGGCAAACACAAGAAACUACUCUGUCCUUGAGUCUCCAGAAAAGCCAUCCGAAUAUCAGAUUAGGACAAGAAAAACAAGCAAUAACAGAGAGAGCAGUGUAGAGAGGCUGUCAACGCAGUUGACACCGCAGAGGAAGCUAAUCAAACCUCCAAGUAGCCAAGCUAAUAAAGGUCAUUCAGUCCCUCCCACGAUUGUCUCUAGUUCUAAGUGCAGUGGUUCAAAGAUACCAGGGCAAAACAAACCUUCAGCUUCCCCACUGAGAUUGUCAAAGGGCGCCACUGUUGAGCAAAGUAAGAGUGGAAACUCAGGACCCUCUGGUCAGGACAAGUCCCCCUCCUCUCCUGCAGUUAAAAUAUCCAGGUUUAUCAAGACACCAGGAAACUGCUCACAGAGCCCAAAGGCGGCAAAUGCAAAGCUCCAAAGCAGGGCAGAAUGGAGUAAGGGCUCCUCCAGUUCCCCACACCUUUCGCGGAAGCACCUGGAGUAUGGUGAUAAUGGAGAGCAGCCAACCAGAGACAGACACUGUGAAACCAGCAAAACUAAACUCAGGUCCCCCUCUCCUCCCCCUCCCCCAGGCCGCACCACCUCCUUAUUAAUCAGACCAAAUUAUGACGGGUCACCUCAAGCACAUAAAACAGGGGUAGCUCAACAAUCCACAUCAACCACUGUGAGGGGCCCUCCCCCAAGUUACCACACCUCACUUGUACCAAAUAUGCAAAGUACACUACCCAUCAAGGAUAAAGACUGUUUAGACUUAGAUGCAGGCUAUGGGACUGCACUUUCACCUCAAAAACUGGUUGACAAAACCAGUCAGCACCUUCAAAUGUCCCCCGCCAUGACUCAGACAUGUACUAAAGGCACUUCCAAGCGAAUGACCACGAAAGACUACCUCCCAUCUGCAAACUCAGGGUGUGCUACAGAACCUGAAAAUGCACCUAAAAGCUCAAAGAAUGUUCCUCCUCCCUACAGUGCCCUCAGAGGGUCCUCACUUCAGAACUCAUUUGCAGGUAAAAGAGGAUCAAUCCAUGAAAAUGUCCAACAUUCUGUUCAGAAGACCUCUUUUGCUUUACCUAUAACGCCUCCGGGUGCCCCUCAAGCUAAGACAGAGCCACAAAAUGGUCACGCUGUCGUAAGUCCGCCCAGCUCAGCUAUGAUAUCCCCGAACUCCAAGACUCGCAUCCCGAUGGGAUUUAAACCGUUUUUAAAAUCUCCACCCAGCCAUAAAAAUAGUCCGCCUAUACCAGGAAAGCAAGAGAAAGAUCAUAUCAACUCAGUCUCCAAGGAGACGGUGACUUCAAACGUUUCGACACAAUGUGACAGCUUGCAGCAAGUGCACAUUAUCGAUUCACCGACCAAGAUGUCCAUUACAGAGGUGAGAGAUGAGGUUCAUUGUCGGUUACUGGAAGCGGAAGUGCAUGCCGCUGUGUCACCGGAGCGAGGGGACGCCUGUGAUAAGGGGAAAAGGAGCAGUCAACUUUUCUCUCGAUCCAUAUCGGUUACGACCAAACCUCAUCUGAAACCAGCCCUGGGGAUGAAUGGAGCCAAAGCCCGGAGUCAGAGUUUCAGCACCAACUACAUUGAGAAACCCAACAUCAAUGCUCUGGACGGACCAGGGAAAAUUAGAACGCAGAUCAUCACCAAGUCGGGUGAAAGAGGGAACUCGCUGUCAAGACAGAGCUCCUUGGAGGUACCCAGUGCUGGGUUUGCUGAAAGCCCCGUCCAUCCUCCCAGGACCAGACUUAGCCAUUAUGGCGGCAUGACAGCGUCAAACAGUCAUAACCUUCUUCCUGAGAGAAAUUCAAAGUCAGGCAUCAAAGGAGAGGGGUCACAUGGUACAGGGAAAGGGGAGCUAAUCACCUCACCUUCCCACAAAGAGGCACGUAGCUUACCCAACAGUGAUAGGUCUGGUUUAAACCAUAUUCUUAAGUUUCAGCCGUCGUCCUCUUGUGUCUUCAGCUUGGAAAACACGGUGCAAGAGGCAGGAGGCAUAGCAACCACCACUAACGAGGAAGCCAAAAGUCAUACAGACUCACCAAAUAAAACCCUAGAUAUUGAGGAGAAAAAAGUCAGCCCCACAGUCUGCACGAUUGAGGAGAAAGUCAUGAUGGGAAUUGAACAGAACAUUCAGAAAUGUCAAGAGCAGGAGAAGGUCGCGGCCACUGAGGCCAAACAGAAGACUGGCCCGUCUCUGGCAAACUGGUUUGGCCUUCGUAAGAGCAAACUCCCGGCCUUGGGUGGGAAGAAAACAGACAGCCCAAAGGGGAAGGAGGAGAAGAAAGAGCUCAAGAUCGGAGCCGUACUCGGAGGCAAACAGAUGAAAUCGGACAAGAAGAAGGACAAAAAGAAGAACGAAAACCAACCGAAAGACGUUCAGGAGGCGCAGCAUCUCUCCGAGAUGAACAACAAGCUGAGCUCCAUCAUGGACCACUGCAACAACCAGAUGGGUCAGAUCGCCAGUCAGAUCCAGUGUACACCAGCGUUUAUUGGCAAAGACCAGUUUGUCAAAGAACUGCUGAGCAGGACUGCUGUGAAGGGCAACUCAGUGGCUGCAUCACCUCCUGGCAUGUCCACUCCCACGAAGCACGGCGAGGCGAAGGGCGAUAUGGAGAUCUGUCCAGAUUCUGCGACUCUUAUAAUGAGUCACAGGAUCAACCUGAGAGCUGAAAACGAGGAGGCGCGCAUCCAAGACACAGCUUGUCAAGAUCACAUGAUAGGCUCCGCUUGUCAGAUGAGAACCCUGGACAGCGGGAUCGGCACCUUCCCUCUCCCUGACUCCAUCACCCGCGCCAGCAGUCGCCACAUCCCCAAGUCUGAGUCCAGUCCCGGCGUGGUGUCCGGCUGCUCCUCAGAGCUCGACCCGAAACCUCCUGCCCCUCAUGCAGAACCCUCUCACUCCAGUGUGACAGUGCCUCCCCUUCCAAAAACCCGCCUGCAUGCCUCCACUAGCAUGGGUCACUCCCUGUCUGACCCCACCGUCACCUGCAGCAGCAACGCCCAGGACACGCAGAGCCGCCUGCCCAGAUUAGCAACGUCAGAUGCUGUGAGGACGAAGAGGUUGAGUCUUGGUGCUCCACGCAGCAGCAGCGGCGUCGCCUCAGAGGACAAAGAGAAAGAAAGUGAGAGGAAGAUGAAAACUAAGGACUAUGAGAAUCCUGGUGAACGAGCCCUGCGAGUGUGCACGUACUCGGGCAGCAGCAGCGACACCGAGACGGAAGUUGAAGGAAGCGGCGAAAGCACUUUGGGCUCACCACAGAGGACCCUGGUCCACAGAGCCAGGAAGAGUGACUCAGUCGACCAGAGCGAGGAGACGCUGAAGAGGAGCAGCGUGGAGAGACCCUUGUCCAUCAUGGACUACUACCAACACGACAUGUUCUCGCACCUGGAGCUGGACGGCCGGAGGAUCUCGCAGUACAACUUGUUGCACAGAGAGUCGUCCAUCGACAGACUAAGUAAGGAGAUUCCCCUGGAGAAAACGCCGGUGGACGCAAACCACCCGAGCCCCCUGGACUUCUCUCUGGAGUCCCUGAACAGCGGCCUCUUUCCCGACACGGACCUCGCCGGGCGCAGAGCCGGCUGCCACCCGGACGCGGCGAGGAGCGCGGACGAGCCGUCCUCCUCCAGCUUCUCCAGCAGACCCGGCGGGGAUCCCGUCGGCUCGCUGAGUGACUCUCUGUACGACAGCUUCUCCUCCUGCACCAGCCAGGGAUCCAACGACGUAUAGGGGCUGUAGCGGGGGCCGGUCUCGAGGCUGGUUUUUGCAGCCAAAUCCCAUGCAUUGAUUGUUCAGAUGCUGAAGGGUGAGCCAAGCCUGCAGAGUGGAUGUUCACAUCGGCUGGUCUUGAAAACGCAGGGCUGGGUAUUGAUUUGAAUCUUUCCGUAAGAGCAGUAUCUGGACGCCUGUAUCGAUUCUCACAGCGUUACUGUGUUAGCCGGCCCGGUCGUGUUCUUUCAGUCAAACACGGAGCAACUCUCUGCUCUCAUAUUUAUUCCAUGCACUUUAGACACCAUUACUCAUUCAUUCAAAACACGUUGUUUUUGGUACCUAAGAAAUCUCAAAUGGCACAGAUGGUGCCAAACUGUGCCAAACUGUGCCGAACUCGGCAUCUCUUUACUAAAGCCUCUGUAAGUCUGCUCUGCUUCACUUGAGCAGCGUCAGACUCUGCACACCUCGUGUCCACAUGUUGUUACAUGACUUCCUGGACUUUUUUAAGCUCCUACUGCAUAUUUUUAAAGGUGAUAUUUACUUUAAAAUGCAGUAUUUUUUCCUCCAUUUAUGCCGGGUUCCAUCUGCGUUUUACUCUGACACGGUGAAACUUACACUUCUCACACGUGUUCUCUUCAGUUUGGUACCGAGACACACAGAAACACACAGACACAGAGAGAGUUAGUCGAUGCCUCGUCGAUGCCACAGAAAGUACCGGAGGUUUGAUACCCAGCCCUCACAACGACCCUCUCUAACGUACAACACGAAGCACUUAGUGGCGCUGAGGACACGAGGCCGACGCCAAACGAGGAUCUUUCAUACAGCGACGUCUCAUUGUCACACACACACCCCGGAGAACACUGUAACAAAUACUGUACAGAGUUUGUAAAGUCAGUUUCAAUCACAGUUAUUCAAGCAGUGAUGGAAGCACGGGGGGGCGGGGCAACCUCUUGGGAAAUGUUGGCGUUAAAAAAUGUUGCUUUCAUUGCAUUCCUGUUGGCAAUGAAAACUAGAUUUAAACCCACGAGGUUCUUUUAUGUCUUUGCUGCUACGCACACACUGCCGCCGCCUCGUGAAUUCCCCCCCCCCAAAAAAGUUGCCCCUGUGGGAUCUCAUUUUGUUUAUUUGAAAACACUUUUGGUUCCGUGGGUAGCCGUGCGAGCAGAUGACGACGAAACGACACCGAGAACUCCGUAUUUAACCGUAGACGAUGUCAGUGGAAUGUUUCCAUGUGGUACACGAGCGCGUGUCCCAGUGUCGUCGUUGGUAGCUCAGGGAAACUAAACUGGACUCAUGUAGAUUGUACAACUUCAAAUAUACAGCCAUCAGGAAAAUGUCUUUUUUAAAUAUUUCCACCCUCCUGAUAUGAAACUCCUCGUUCGCUCUCAUGUAGCACAGCAAACCCUGAACUCUCCAAACCUCAGUUUUUCUGCUCGUAUAGUUGUAUAUUUUGUUUUUUUUGUGUUUUUGUUGUUGUUGUGUAUAUAUAUAUAUAUAUAAAAAUGCUAUAAGUUAAUAUCAGAAUGGGCAUUGCUGAUUGAUAUAUGCAAAUCAUUAAAAAUAAAAAAUAAAAUUGUUUGCCAGUCGUUGGCACGUUUG